UUUGAAAAACAGUUACCAACAACAUCCAAAGCGCUGUUUGUCCACCUGAAUAGUGUUUUUCAGUCACAGCAGGCUAAUAUUGAAAUUAGUGUGGAGUCUGCCACAGACAGUUUUCCUUACCAAUAAAGUACAGGAAGUUUCUGUCAAAAUGAUACAACCGUUUUCUUCGGGAGUAAAAACAUUCAGUCUGUUUAGUUUCAACAGUUACGAUAAAAAACAACCAACAAGAGAAGUAUAAUUUGUUGUGUUUAGCUUUCCCUCAUUGAUAUAAACGGGGUGGACAAAAUAAUAAUAACACUUGUCAGUAUAAUUCAAUACAGUUCAACAGCACCACAAACUGCAUACUCCAAAAUGACCAUAAAGUUAAAUCAUCACCUCUCUAAAACAACGAAACUGGACAUUAUAACCUUCAUGAAGUGCUGUUUUUAGAUGGAAAUGCAGCUUCCACCUCACGAGGGAGACGAGCUCUCAGUGGUCGACAUGCACACAGGCGGAGAGCCUUUACGGGUCAUCCUCAGCGGCUACCCAGAGGUCAAAGGUGACAGUGUGCUGUCCAAACGCCGAUAUGUGCGGGAACAUCUGGACCACCUCAGGAGGGUGCUGAUGUACGAGCCGCGGGGACACUAUGACAUGUACGGAGCCCUGAUCGUGGACAGCGAGUUGCCUGAGGCUGAUCUGGGGGUGCUGUUCAUGCACAACGAGGGGUACAGCACCAUGUGUGGACACGCCGUCAUCGCACUGGGACGCUUCGCUGUGGACUACAAACUGGUGAGAGAACCACAGUCACCAGAGACCCAAGUGAACAUACACUGUCCCUGCGGUCUGGUGAAGGCGUUCGUGGAGUACUCUGAUGGUAAAACAGGAGGAGUGAGGUUCCUCAGUGUGCCAGCGUUUGCGUUCGCCACAGAUGUGACGGUGACAGUGGAAGGGUUCGGUGAUGUGACGGUCGACAUCAGCUACGGAGGAGCCUUCUACGCCUUUGUAAACGCCCAGAGGUUUGGCCUCGAUGUGACCGAGUCCAGGACUCGAGAUCUGGUAGACGCGGCCACAGCGGUGACCAACGCUGUCAAAUCUCAGGUGAAGUUGCACCACCCAAGCAGUGAUGAUCUGGCCUUCCUCUACGGCACCAUCCUCACAGACGGCAAAGAUAAUUAUUCCUGUGAUCCCACCGCCAAUACCUGUGGACCGAAGCCCUACUGGUUCUGGUGUUACAGCCCGAGUGGCUCUUCAGUAUCACAAAGGUCUCAUCCAGCUGAACCAGACCAGGACAUUUCAGAGUGGAGCCACUGGAUCCCAGUUCACAGGGAAAGCCGUCGAGGUACCAGAGUUUUCUUCUUCUGUGUCACCGAGGAAGCUGCCUCACGCUCGAUGUUUUACAGCCAUGGACAGAUUAUGAGGCAAGGGGCCCCUGGACACAGACAUGUAAAAGACCCCCCACCCCUCCUACACACAGGAGCAAGAAACCCAGACUCAAAGAGACCCCCUGGCCCCGCCCUUACCUGUGUGCUGAUAAGAUGGUGUGAUAGGUGA